CUGUUAUGAAUCGUAAUGUAAAUAUCUGAUAUGCUAUAUGUGUUUUCCGAUGGUCGCGACCCACAGGUUGAGAACCGCUGUCUGUACCUUGGAGGGUCGCCACACCACUUGGUUUCUUUCCAUCUCUCCAUCAGGCACAGAGGGACCCUCGGACACAGACGGGAGCCUGCACCUCACCUCCAGAGCCUGGAAGGUGCAGUGGAUGUCCGCGCAGGCGCGCCCCCCCGCGGCGGCGCGCUCCAGGCGGAAGUGAAGUCCGAGGCCCGGCUGCGCAGCUUGGGCGGGGAGCGCGGGCUGUGGAGAGGCAGGCCAGGCGGAGGCGGCGGGGUCGGCGGAGACGGAGCUUCAAAGUUCAACCCACGCAAAGAAGCAAGCCUCGCGGUGUUUGCCCCUUGCGGAGCCCCUUCGCCAAGUCGGUCCUCCAGACCCAGGACGCCACAAAAGCGCGUUCUCAAAGUCAUGAAUCCUGUUUAUAGUCCUAGUUCUUCUGGGGUUCCCUAUACAAAUGCCAAAGGAAUUGGUUAUCCAGCUGGUUUCCCCAUGAGCUAUGCAGCAGCAGCUCCUGCCUACUCCCCCAACAUGUACCCUGGAGCAAAUCCUACCUUCCAAACAGGACUUCCAUUAAAAGUGGUGGACUUUAGUUCAUGGGUCAACACUCUGAGCAACCAGCUAGGACUUUUCAUUGUUGUUUUUAAAGAUGUAUACAGGAUGACUCUCCAACUCAUUAAGCCAUCAGGCCAGUGUGAGAAGCAAGGCACAUUCUACACACAGCACCUGUAUGCAGCACCCCCUCACGUCAUCCACCACACCACAGUGGUGCAGCCCAACGGCAUGCCGGCGACAAUGUACCCUGCUCCCAUCCCUCCUCCAAGAGGCAACGGGGUCACCAUGGGUAUGGUGGCUGGGACCACUAUGGCCAUGUCGGCAGGUACCCUGCUUACUGCCCACUCCCCAACUCCUGUCGCCCCCCACCCAGUCACUGUGCCCACGUAUCGGGGUCCAGGAACGCCCACCUACAGCUACGUGCCCCCUCAGUGGUGAUCACCUGCAAAUGUUUGAGGAUGGAGCUGUGCAGUCACAUCCUGGAUAUUCCACAGCUGGUGCUGCAGGCCUUGUGCCUCCAACCAGGACUUUCUCUUCUUAAUGCUCUCGACACUUAGCUAAAUACUACUAUGGUCCGGCCUUGCAGAUCUCAGCACCAUUAGUCUCCAACUAACUAUGGGUUGGUCUUAAAGCAAGUCAUGUUUUGGGGCUGCCUGGCAAUUUUUUUUAGCUAACUGUAAUGAUGAAAAGGGAGUAUUAAUGUAUUCUGAAAUCAUAUCUAGUUGAAUGCAUGUUUAAAAAAACAAACACAAAAACAAAGCUUGCUCAAACUACCUGCAGUGAUUGAUGCAAAACCAUCAUAUGCAAAAUCCAAAGGAAUGGAAAAUAUUUUAUAACUUGUAUGUAUCACUAAUGCAGUGUUGUAAUGUAUGCAGAGUCUUAAAGAUGUAAGUGUUAACGUGAAUUUCUUCAUAGAGCAUCUGAAAUCUCUUAAGUGAUUCUUCAUCCUUUGGGGUUGAUGUAGGUUGCCAGUUGGAAACAUGAAAUUUUAGUUUUUAGCCAUCAGUUUAUUUCAUACUGAUUGCACUGGGAGAGAGUGGUAGGGACUGGGAGAGUAUAGGGUGGGCCACAGCUACUUGGAGUAGCCAGGUUAAUGGGCAUCACUAUCUUUUCAUUUAGGUUUGCAGGGUCAGUUUGAUGUAGACAUUCUUAAAAGAUUAUCAUGAGAGACUAGAGUUGUAUGGCCAGUACAUUUAGGGGCAAUUUGCAGUUUGUCCAUCAGCAAACCAGUUUUCUCUGGAUUGCUAUGUGAAUUACCAUUACAAAGCUCUUUACAGAUAGAGAUGCUGUUUUCUAUAUCUUUAUUGGAAAAGCCCUAUGUAGAAUUAAGUUAUUUUCCUAAGAUGGAAGAUAUGUGAAAUAAACAGAAAAACUUGGAGGAGGUAUUGUUCUCUUCCUGAUUUAGUUUAGAAAAUCAUUUCCCUUUUUUUUCUUUGCUGAGAAAUAUUUGCGUUAGCUGAAAAUAUAUGUAGGCAUUGCUGUUCUUUCCCCCACAAAGAAGGGUAAGAUUUCAGCUGUGUGUUCUGAAGAAAGUUGUAUAUUUAAGAACUAUUAAAAAGGGAACAAAACUUUAUUUGAAAUUGGGUGAGGCUGCCACUAUGUUUAGGCCUAUCCACUUGAUGGAGACUUAAUCCUCUGAGACCAUCUGGAGACAGGUGUGGGGAGGUCUGAUGUCUAUUGUCUGUGAGCCUCUUUUGCCAUCUCUUCUGGCAACUGAGAGCACUCAGCACAAAGCAGGUAUAGACAACAAAGGGUCAGGCAGCAUCAAAAUGCAUUUACCUGCCAAGGAUUAUUAUGGAAUGGAUUUUGUGGUUAAAAUAUGAAUAUUGUAUAUAAGAAAUUGAGGAAUUUUUUUUUUUGAAAAAAAAAACCACACAUGGGUUCAACUUAUAUUGAUGGGAGUUAGUCUGUUCUCAGAUAGAGUCAGAGGGAGUGUGAGGAGAGGUUUUGUCUCCUCUCAGCAGUUUGUCAGGCAGGUGGAGGAGUAUGCCCCUGUUCUACCCCAUCAUUGUUUCAAGUGCUGUGUGCUUUGGUUGGGAAGGGGAGUCUACUCUUCUUAUGUCUCUGGCAACUAGGCCAGGGCUCUAACUUUGGUUAGGCUUUCAUCCAGAUUGGUGAGUGGGACACCUCACCCCUGAGCCUUUGGUAAUCUUAUUUUUUAUAGUAAGUAUUCUUUGUAACUUUUUUCACAUUUUAUUUUAUAAUAAAAAAGUUUAAGAAUAUUUUUGCAUGGAUCAUGUAAAGAAAAGAUUUCUUAUUCCUAAUACCUGUUAAUAUAGUGUGUCUACUAAAAAGAACUUUAAAUUGCUUCAUAAGCACUUAACCCAUGUGUGUGUGUACAGUUUGUGCACACUUCUUAAACUUCGUGUUGUAAUUCCUUCUGUAUAGUGGAUGAUUUGUAAUAUCAAUAGGUUCCAGGUACAAGUAACAGAAAACUCAGUUUCCUCAAGUUAGUGUAAUUAGUUGAUAGGAGAAAAUGUGAUUUUAGUGUAUGCUUUUAAAAUGCCCCAAACAAAAAAAUGGGAAUACACACACGCACGCGCGCGCGCACGCACGCGCGCGCGCGCACACACACACACACACACACACACACACUCUACCUAGGGAUGGAGACAUUUGAAAUCAAGAAGAAUCUAUUAGAAGUUAUAUAGGAUGUUUCUUCAGGCGUACUUGAGACUUAGGGUGAGUGUUUUCAUGAGCACUAAAUUAAAUGGUGUUUUCAAGAGAAAGCAGAAUGGGUUUCAUUUCCCCCCAUUUAUAUCAGUAUCAUGACACUUUCCCCCUAAUUUUCUUUUUAAACCUUUUCCCUUUUGUCAAGUGGAGCUGAGAGACUUUAUCAGAUACUUUUGUGUUACGGAAUAUAUCUUUUCAGUUGAAACUAUCAGGGCAUCAGCUAUCAAAUAUGAUGGUGAAAGGUAGACCUUGUCUAGUAUGUAUGAAUCUGGACUUAUGAAUAGUAAAAGUAUUAUAGGUUGUAAUUUUAGCAGCAUUUUAAAUUCUUUCUAGUAAAAUUAAUUAAGGAAUAAAAGUCCUGUUAUAAACUUGCAUAAUUUGAUAUCCAAAGCACAAUAGUGGAACAUUUAAAGAAAUUUUGCUUCCUAAUUUGAGAGCCUUUUAGCUGAAUUAUAGUUCUUUUAGAAAUUGAGACAGGCAAGCAAAGGAUCCUAAUUCCUAUAAACAUGGACAUCAUCAUGGAUAUUUAAUUUGUUUUGUUUUUACAGCCUCUUUCCUACAGUUUAGGAGGUCCGUUUCUCUGCUUAUGGAAAUGCUCUAGACUGGAUGACUGAGUGUUUAGCGAUGAGUAAGCCAUAAUCCCAUUAACUUGCUGCCUCUGAGAAGGGAGGAUAACAUCAGGGCCAGGGCCAUUUGUGAUAAAACAGGCACAUAGGUACUUCCAGAACCUUUUAUGUUUCUUAUGAUAAAUCUUUUCAGAGCCUUCUUGUUGGUGUGGUUAUUAGACCUACCAGUUGCUAUUCUGUGACUUUCUUGUGUACAAAGCAAACAUAGUGUUUACAGGAGAUUGAGGAAGGUCCUAAGGCUUGGGAUGGGCACUUGGUUAUUAAGCAUCCUGUCCUUGCCAAGCUGGGCAGACAAUGCCUGGCUCUCUAGGGUAGCAUCAUGACUUCAAUAAUGAGAGGAAAUAUAUUCUUAAGGCACUUUGGAUAUGCAAAUAUCUGGCAAUGUUCCUUUCUGUGGGUUUCUGUGAGUGUGUCUGCCAGUGAUUGAUUGUGGAAGGAUGGUAAACACAGGCCACAUCAAUAGUGGAGCCUGCUUUAAAAAGGAAGCCCAAAUUUCUCCUGUCCUUUGGAAACAGUAUUACUCGGACCAGUUAGGCCACCUUCUUUCCAUCUGGCAGCUGGGUGCCUCAGUCAUUGCUAGCCUGAGCAUUGCCCAUAUAGGACAGGACACCUGUCUGACACCCUCCAUUGGUUGCAAGGGUGGUUUAAGGAUGCAUGGCUUGAGGUGGGAGGCAACUUCUGGUCCUUCUCUGGUGCUUUCUAUGGAAUGGGGAUAAUCUAUAAAUAGGAGUGUGGUUGGCUUAGGGAAAGGGCAGGCUGUUUAGCUCUCCUCUCUGGCACAUUUCAAGUAUGUGUGUGUGUGUCCAUCUGACUUGAGCAGACUGCAAAUGACACGCUUCAGAGGAGGGUCUGAUCUUUUCAGGUAGAAAGUUACAAGUUGAUCUUAGAUGUUUCAGAGAAUUUAUCUCUUUAUCCACUCUAUUCACUUGAACAGAAAACCUGUGGAUGUCAUCACUUUAUAAAAGUUCCCAGGACUAGAGUCAACUCACUUGGGACAAGGACAGAGGAGAUGUGGACAUCUCUAUCCAGGGAACCCGAAUGAACUAUGGGAGAUGGUAUUCUCCAGGAUUUGUACGUUGGAGGUGAUAGGCAGCUCAUCUCUGCCUCCUGAACCCUGUUGGAGUCUCCCCAGGUCCUUGUGUAGAUGAGUGAAUAGUCAAACGAUCUGAGGCCAGCACUCUUGUGCACCCUGCAGGAUUGUUCUGACAGCCACUUGAAGGAGAGGCACCAAGGAGCCACAUAGGUUGUGACUGACCAGGAAAUGGUUCCUUUAAAAAAUUUUUUUUAAAUCAUUUCUAAAUACUGUUUUUUAGACUGUUCUCUUGGUACAUUUUUAAAUUUACGUCAGCAUUGUCUUCCAGUGUUAAAGGCAUCCCUCACCUCUGCAUUGAACUUAGAUGUCAAUCAAUACAAAGGAAUGGAAUAUCCAUCCUGAUCUAGUUCUAUUGUCUGUAAAUUCAUACUAUUUUAAUUUUUUAUGCAAUCUGAUAAGUAGAUGAGCUUAGAUUUAAAAUUAUUAAAAGCAUGUUUAUUGUAACAAGAGCUAUGUAUUAACACUGCAGUUUUGAAUAAAGAUUGACUUGUGUUGCA